UUGUGACGUGUUAUUUGUCGGCCUUUGUAUUGUUUCUAUUCUGCAUACAAUGGGGGGAACAAGUGGAAGUGCGUGUUUGAGUGGUUCCAGAACCACUUUUGGAAUAAUAUUUGUUUGUGCUUUAUUAGUUUCGGCGACAUACAGCCACCUUCAUGCCCAUGAAAAUCCCAGUUUUAAAUAUUCCCGCGAAGCCAAUGAGCAUCAUCAUGGUAAACAUGGGGAAUCUGCGUCCCAUACACACCGUCAUCACCAUGAGGAAAAACCUCAAAUAGAUAUGAACGAUGUAUGGCUGUAUUCCAUGGGAUCCACUUUACUCAUCAGUGCUGCGCCUUUCUUGUUACUGUUUGUUAUACCCUUAGAUAACAGUGAAGCAAUGAAGCCCCGGCUAAAAGUUAUAUUGGCUUUUGCAUCGGGUGGACUAUUGGGUGAUGCCUUUCUUCACCUCAUACCACAUGCUUUACAUCCACACGAUCAUCAUGGGCAUGAUCACGAUCACGCUCAUCAUGGUCACGACCACGCACACGACCACGAUCAUCACGAUGAAAACCAUCAUGAAGAACAUAAACAUGAUCACAGUCACGACAUUACUACCGGUCUUUGGGUACUUGCGGGAAUUAUUGUUUUCCUGACUGUUGAAAAGAUGGUGCGUCUCCUUAAGGGUGGUGCUGGACAUGGUCAUUCCCAUUCCCAUGGCAAAGAUAAAGCCGACAAAGAGAAAAAGGACAAGAAUAAAAAGAACAACAAAGUAGUUGAGGAAAAAGAGGUGGCCAUAUCGGGAUACUUAAAUCUAGCAGCGGAUUUUGCUCAUAACUUUACCGAUGGGCUUGCUAUUGGUGCAUCAUAUUUGGCUGGCAAUGAAAUUGGAAUUAUUACCACAGUAACCAUACUCUUACAUGAAGUUCCUCAUGAAAUUGGUGACUUUGCUAUUCUCAUAAAAUCCGGUUGCUCAAGAAAGAAAGCAAUUGGCCUACAAUUGGUUACGGCUCUUGGAGCUCUGACCGGAAAUGCUUUGGCCUUAAUUGGAAUUGGUGCCGAUGCCGAGGCAGCCCCUUGGAUUCUUCCAUUUACAGCAGGUGGCUUCAUUUAUAUUGCAGCAGUGAGUGUGCUGCCCGAAUUACUUGAAGAAUCAACAAAGUUGGGACAGUCGCUGAAGGAAAUUGCAGCGUUAUUAUUAGGUGUAGCGAUAAUGGUUUUUAUAGCUAAGUUUGAAUAAAACAAAAAUUGUAAAUAAGUCUAAAAUUUGGUAUAUGUCCGCACUGUCUACAAACUUGAACGAAAAUCUUAA